AUGCUACGAGGCCGGGGUCCAAAACCCGUUCCAUCCUCCUCCUCAUCCUCCUCGCCUACCAAACAAACCAAGACAACAAAGACAACCAUGAAGCUCUUCCGCGCCGACGAACCCUUCGCAGCUAUUUCUCCACGUCCUCAAGGACUGGCAAAAGACUCCAAGAAAUCCGGUUGGAAGGAAGGGAUCGUAACCUUGAAUCCUCGAACAACACAAGAAUACAAGGUAUUCGUGCAGUGGGGUGUUACGGUCCCAGGACCCGUCUACAAAGAGUUUGUAGAGCGAGUUUGUGCUCAGGCUGCUAGAGAACAUGAUCAUGGAUUUGUUCUCAUACGGUGAAUUAUUCUCUUAUUCAGUUAUCACUCCCAAUCACUUGCUCUCUAUUCCCCCUUUUCAUUUCUCGCUUAUGGUUUCAUGUCAUCCCUUCUUCAUUCAAACUUCAUAGCCUUUCACCAAAUCAUAUUUUCAUUCAUCGAUGUACAUGAAAACUAACCCAAAUCCUUCACAGUUCCUGCCUACAUGCAACCUCACGGGCAGGCACAAAACCCACCGUCAACAACGGAAAACCAGUUCCCGCAUACAAACGAGACGAUCCCCACAUAACAGCAGGCUUGUAAGAUAUCCCCUCUCAACCCCUUCCAUGCCCAUCUCAACCAACAAACUCACAUCACCCAGCGGACCACCCCUUUCCUCCCCCCGGCCAACAGAAUUCAAACCGAGUCCGCCCAUGUCUACUGUGGCUACCCACCCGCCUCACACGGCGGUCCUUCCCGUCGUCCCCCAAAGGGUCAAGAUGAUCAUUCCGUAA